AUGACUGUUUUCAUAUUCCCUGGCAGAUUCAUAAGCUACAUGGAGGAAGCAAACCAAACAGAAGCACCACAAUUCCUCCUUUUGGGACUCUCCAAAGAUCCGGACAUGCAGCCUCUCAUUUUUGGCAUGUUCCUGUCCAUGUACCUGAUCACUGUGCUGGGGAACCUGCUCAUUAUCCUGGCCAGCAUCUCUGACCCCCGGCUCCACACCCCCAUGUACUUCUUCCUCACCAAUCUGUCCUUCACAGACAUCUGCUUCACCUCCACCACCAUCCCCAAGAUGCUGGUGAACAUCCAGAAGCAGAACAAAGCCAUGUCCUACAUUGGCUGCCUCACGCAGGUCUACUUUUUCAUGUUAUUUGUAGGAGUGGACAAUUUCCUCCUGAGUGUGAUGGCCUAUGACCGCUUUGUGGCCAUCUGCCACCCUCUGCACUACACGGUCAUCAUGAACCCCCGCCUCUGUGUCUAUCUGGUUCUUAUGUGCUGGAUGGUCAACUUCUGGGUUGGCCUGUUUCAUAUCCUCCUGAUGGCACGGCUGACUUUCUGCGUGGGCACUGAGAUUCCACACUUCUUCUGUGAACUGGCUCAGAUGCUCAAGGUAGCCUGCUCGGACACCUUCAUCGACCAUACUGCCUUGUACGUGUCCACUGCCCUGUUGGGUGUGGUUCCUGUCAGCGGCAUCCUCUACUCCUACUCUCAGAUCGUCUCCUCCCUACUGCAUAUGUCCUCCAAGAAGGGCAAGUCUAAGGCCUUCUCCACUUGUGGGUCUCACCUCUCCGUGGUCUCCUUGUUCUAUGGCACAGGCCUGGGUGUAUAUCUCAUUUCUGCGGCCACUCAUGCUUCUGAGAAAAAUUCUAUUGCCUCAGUGAUGUACACGGUGGUCACCCCCAUGCUGAACCCCUUCAUCUACAGCCUGAGGAACAAGGAUGUCAAAGGGGCUCUGGGCAGGCUCCUCAGCCGAGCAAUUGUUUGUCAGUGA